AUGACAAAGAUUGAAAUCUCUGCCAGAGUUUUCCAGAUUCCCUGGAAGCAUGCAGCCCGGCACGGCUGGAAUAUCGAGAAGGACGCGACUCUGUUUCGAAACUGGGCGAUCCACACGGGCCGAUACAAACCCGGCGCAGACAAACCCGAUCCCAAGACGUGGAAAGCAAACUUCAGAUGUGCGCUCAACUCCCUGACGGACGUCCACGAGCUCCAGGACAAGAGCAUCAAGAAAGGCCACAACGCGUUCAGAGUUUAUACUCUCCUUCCACACAGCAAAACAGUCAAGAGACACAAAGCUUCGAGGUGUUUGGAGAGCGACAGUGAAGCAGCGACACCUCCGCAAACACAAAGGAACACGCCGCUGGAGAGAUUUACAGAGGCCUUCUGGAAGCUCUCCGAUGACCGAGGCAGGGAAGACAAAUGUGUCGAGGAGCAGAGACCAGACAUCACCUUCUCACAGGGUAACUGUACUCGUCUGUGGACGAUAAUUAAGACUAGCGGAGGUUUGAGAGUGACUAACGAAUGA